CAGUAAUCAAACAGUACAGUCGCGGGUCUCUAGCUUCUUUUUCUUUUUCAAGUUAACAUAAAUAUCGCAUUUUUAAAUGAGAAGCUUUCCUUGACGAUUUUGCAAUUUAAAUUAUGGCAUACAGAUGGUGCUAGUGCUUACUUUAUCACAUGCGCUUAUCUGCACACAUGCAUACAUCUAUAAUAUUGUACGAGUAUUUUGUUUUUGCCUUUUGACAAACCAAAAGUAAAUAAGGUUAGUUGUCAGCCGUGUCAGCAACAAUAAAACAAAUAUAGCACAUACGAAUAGUAGUGUAAAAAAAGUAAAAACAUGUCAGAGGCUUUAGAAAGCACUGACCUCACGGACGCAGAGUAUCUAAACAAGUUAAUCUUUGGAGAAGACUCCAAAAAAUAUGCUUCUAAUGUAUCAGCCCAAGAGUACAUUAAAAAACUUGGUGCUGGCACAGUUGAAGAGUUAACAAAGGAACCAAUAAGACUACAGGAAGAUAAACAAAAUGUGCAAGACAAAACUCAAGAGCUUGCAAUUAGUCACUAUCAGACCUUCAUACAAACAGCAGAGUGUUCAAGAACCUCUUUCAAUCAUUUCAAUCAAAUUGAGGGUAAAGUGAAUGACUUACUGGAGCAUAUUCCUGUAUUUGGGCAGACAUGUGUCAAUUUUCUGCAGUCCAGUGAAGAUAUAAAUCGGAUGAGGAAGCUGAAUACAAUCACAAUUGUUAAAAAUGCACAAUUGCUGGAAAUUCUUGAACUGCCUCAGUUGAUGGACAGUUUUGUGAAGGACAACUUGUAUGAAGAAGCUUUAGAGUUAGCUGCAUAUGUCUACAGAUUACAGAGCAAACAUAAAGAUAUUGCUAUUCUGAAAACUUUGGUAUUGGAAGUUGAUAAACUAUGGCUUGUAAUGCAACGUCAAUUAAUAUCACAAUUAAGUACCGAUAUUCAAUUACCGAAAUGUCUUCAAGUCAUCGGCCACCUUCGCCAAAUGGCGAUUUUUACAGAGACAGAACUUCGACUUAAAUUCCUGCAAGCAAGAAACAGUUGGUUGGAGAAGAGUCUUAAAGAUAUUUCACAAACUGACGCAAAUCAAUUCCUAAGCAAACACAUAGAAAUAACGCGUGUUAAUUUAUUCUCGAUCAUCACGCAGUACCGAGCAGUGUUUAACGACGAUGAGCAUUCGCCUCUCGCGAGCCGUAAUCAAUUAGUCAACCAAAACUGCAUCUUCUUUGGCUGGUUGCGUUUAAAAAUUGAUCAUUUUCUUCAAACCUUAGAAAUGCAUCUUCCACGUGUGUCUUCGGUUGAUACAAUUCUUGGCCAAUGCAUGUAUUUUGGUCUUUCAUUCAGCAAAGUCGGCUACGAUUUUCGCCAGUUGCUUGCUCCGAUAUUUCUAAAAACAAUCGAGCAACAGUUUACUAAUGCGUUGCAAUCUGCAACCAGUGGUUUUGACGUAAAUAUUGAAAAGUUCACUCUUAUCAAUAAGAGUCACACGAAAAUGCCGACUUCAUGGCGGACAAAAUCGCAGGAUCCACUACAACCGCCAGAUAAUUUAAUGGAGUUUUAUCCGCUGGCGGAUUAUACGAACAAGUUAUUGACAGCAUUUAAUAAUUUGAGAUUGUGUCCAGCGUUGAGUAUACUAGAGAGCGUGACACAGCAAUUGGAACGAUCUUUGAUUGCGGUUGCAGGUGGAGUGUUUGUGCUCUACGAGCAGGAACAUCAGGCAUUUACGAUGAAUUCAAAAGAUUCCUUCACGAGAUUGUGCAUGUGUUUUGCGGAUGAUUUAGUUCCGUUCAUCCAGAAAGCUCUGCAUAUUAUUUAUCCCCCAAGUUGUGUUGCUCAGCACCUUGGAAUAAGUGUGCAGAAGUUGCAAGAUAGUGGUAUUGGGUAUUUAAAUCGCGAAGUCAUUGUUGCGAAAAUUGUUGAUUUAUUGCCGGGGAAGGUAAUUAGUUUGCCAAAGGCAGAAAUUAAAGUUGAAGAAAACAGUGAAGAGAAGAUCAAAGAGAUUAACAAUGAGUGUGUUCCUAGUGAACAUACACUUGAGGAAUAAUAAUAUGUAAUGUUGCAAUAAUUUUCUUAUUUUAUCAGGCAAAAACAAGAAAUGAAAUAUGUAAUAUAGAAAAGUACCUUUUUA